UUGGCGGUGGGCGUCCCCGUGGUCUGCCUGCGGGGUCUGCGCCCGGCCUGGCGGGUCGCGUCCCCAAGCGCAGGAGCGAAGCCUCCGUGGGCGGACCCGGGGCGGCGGGCCCGGCUUGCUCACCUGCCAGCGGCGGUGGCGGCGCGGAAGGCCGUCCGCUGGGUGGGCCGCCCGGGGUGCGGAGCGGAGCGGCCGGCCGCGCGUGGAGCCAAGGCGCCACUGCAGGGAGCCAGCCAUGGAGGGCAAGCCCUUGGUGACGUCCAAACAGAAGACGGAAGUGGUGUGUGGGGUGCCCACCCAGGUGGUCUGCACGGCCUUCAGCACGCACAUCCUGGUGGUGGUGACCCAGUUCGGGAAGAUGGGUACCCUGGUCGCCCUGGAGCCCAGCCCUGUGACCAGUGACAUCAGCAAGCCCGUGCUCACGACGAAGGUUCUCCUCGGGCAGGACGAGCCUCUCAUCCACGUCUUCGCAAAGAACCUGGUGGCCUUUGUGUCUCAAGAAGCCGGAAACAGAGCCGUCCUCCUGGCCGUGGCCAUGAAGGACAGGAGCAUGGAGGGGCUGAGGGCCUUGAGGGAGGUGAUUCAGACGUGCCAGGUGUGGUGACCUGGACUUGCAGCCUCACCUGCGGCUCCGCAGAGCCAGGGGAAGGCAGGGGCCUGGCUCCCGCAGACUUCCGUUUGGUCUCUGACCCCGUCCUGGGAUGGAGGGAGCACGGAUUGCGUGUGGAGAGCGGGGUGGUCUCACCAGGCCCAGUGGGGGCGUGGGUUUGAGAAUUGAAAGGAGUCCUGGCCCUCAGUGUGUGGUACCGGCAAGUGGAGGAAUUGCUUUUGUAUUAAAAACAAGUGCAGAAUCCA